ACCACGCGCGGAGGCGACAAUAAAAACGCUCUCAGCUUGCAGCAACUCUUAGUCUUCGAAUCGCUCCUUUGGAUCAAACUCUCUCAGAAGUAGUCACAGUGCGCUUGUCUGCCGGCAAGACUAUGUCGCGCCUCUAUCGAUUCCUGGCUUUGGCCUCGUGCUCCUGCGGUUUGGCGAUCCUCUGGUCCGUACUGUUAUCUAGUGUCACUCCACAUCUGGUCUCUGCGGGGUUUGACCAGAUCUCGACAGCUCUGGUCUGGGGUAUAGCACCAACGUGCGGUACAUUCGUCCAGCCAUGGUUCGGGGAAAUGAUCGAUAGACCUCAAUGGCGAAUCCAAGGAAGCCGGACGUUGUUAAUUGCUGGAGCUGUCGCCGCGAGCGUUUCAUUGGUUGGCUUCAGUUCAUCACAUGCCCAGGCGCUUUGGCUUGCGCAAUCCAUGGGUCGACCGACAGCCAGGGUCAUCGGCUCCAUGAUCAAGACAAGCUGUAUCAUCUGGUUUUCUCUCCUCAAUGUCGCCAUUCAGCCGCUGCAGCUGGCAAGCCGAGCCAUCAUCAUCGAGAACGUUGACGCGGUUGAGCAGAUGACGGCUAACGCAUGGGCAAGCCGUAUGCAAGGGAUUGGGAGUGUUCUAGGUUUCCUUUUUGGGAUUGUACCUCUACCAAAGAAUCUGCGUCCAGAUCCCGCAAGCGAGUUCGUCAACUUAAGUCUGGUUGCGAGUGUUUCUCUCUUGACGACAACUCUGGUCAGCGCGUUUGUCACUGGCAGAAGCCAGGAUCGUAUUGCGGCGCGUACGCUUCCACGCAUAGCCUCUUUCAGCAACUCAGUGAGCGCUUCGAGCCUGCCGCGAGAGAUCUGGCAGAUCCUUGCCGUCCAGUUUUUUGCUUGGCUUGGGUGGUUUCCAUUACGAACAUACUAUACGAGCUGGCUAGCUGAGGCCAUCUCAUUUGAACUGCGGCCGCUAUCGGUGACUUUCAUGAGUGACGCCCAAAUCCAGGCACAAGCAGUCCGUGUGGGCUCGGUCGCAGGUCUCUGCAUGUCCGUCAUCUCUUUUCUGGCGAGCUGCGUUCUUCCGACGGCGAUCCGGCUUCUGGACAGAGCUCAAAACAGUGACGAAAGCAAUUGGCUAUCAUGUCAGAGCUCGAAAGUUCCAACCAAGGCUAUACUGCAAGUCUGGAUGGCGUCACAUGUUUAUUUCGCUAUGAUGUCGUUCUUCGCUGGAUUCGUAGGCUCACAAACAGGAAUCACCCUGAUAAUGACUUCACUCGGUCUAUCUUGGGCAGUAACGCAAUGGGCACCUUUUUGUCUGAUCGGCCUCCUACUGAGUAGACGUCAAGGAAGACGUCUCGAGAGUGGUUCAGUUGAAGAAUCUGAUCCCCUACGUACAGGUGCAGUACUCGGAUUACACAAUGCUGCGAUCUCUGCUCCUCAGAUCUUGUCUGCUGCGAUCUGUAGUCUUGUUUUCACUGCUUCUAGUGAUACCCAUCAUGGGACCCUGCUGAUCUUACUCUCGGGUGGGUGCUGGACAUUUGUAGCAGCAUUCGCAUUAUUCCUGUUCUCUACCGAUUUGCAACGGAUCUAGGUAUCUCUAAGCAUGAAUACAGAAUAACACUACGUCCUAGGCCGAAAUCAACUGGGCAACAUAUGACUCAUAAUUGUUCAGAUCUAGGUUUCGCGAGAAGACUUUAUGCUUCGUGGCUUUGUAAUCGCUUACCGAUCUCACAACUAACAAGUGGAUUCGCGAUC